AUGGACGCGGAUACCAUCGAGCGAUGGCUGCUCGGCGCGGCGGACCGCAUCUGGAGCGGAACGGACGGGGUGCGUCCUCUCCCGAGCGCAUCGGAGCGGCUGGGCACGAACGGGUGCACCGCGUACAGCGUGUUCAGCAGGACGAUCGUCACGAACGAUGAGGAGGAGUUCAGCCUGCGCGCGGAGGACCGCAUCGGCUCCCUGUCGCGGCACCUGGCGCCUUCUGGCGCGCAGCUGCAUGAGACGACGGAGGCGUCGCCCGCGGCCAGGCGGGAGCAGGACAGCGACGACAACAAGACCAUCGUCGUGCUGCUCCACGGGCUCGCGCGCACGUCCCGCUGCAUGCGCCCUAUCGCCCACUACCUGUGGAAGGAAGAGGGCUGGAGUGCCAUCUGUGUCGGGUACCCUUCGCGCAGGUACCGGUUGAGCGAGCUGGUGUCUCGCGUGGACGCGUUGAUCCGCGAGGAGCUCGCCACGAUGGGCGUGGAGUUGCUGGAGGACAGGCGGCCCAAGGGCGGGGCCAGGCUGCUGGGCGUGACGCACAGCCUCGGCGGAAUCAUCAUCCGGCACCUGAGCCAGAAGCUCCACUUCGAGCGCAUCUGCAUGCUCGCGCCGCCGAACCAGGGAAGCACCGUCGCCCGCCAGCUCCUCGCCCGCGGCGCUCUGCUCUCCUCCGCCGUCGAGCGCCUCUACGGGCCCGUCAUCCACGACCUCGCGGCGCCGCACGACGAGGCGCAGCAGUGGCCCGUCCCGCCGUGCCCCGUGGGCAUCAUCAUGGGCACCAGGCGCACGAACGCGGUCCCGACGUCGUGGGUGACCACGUACCUCGACAUGUUCCAAGGCCACGUGUCAGACGGGACCGUCACGCUCAUCGAGGGCCACCUCGGGAAGCUCCAGUGCCUGCCGCGCACGCCGCGCCCGUCGGCGAACGAGGACGACGCCGGCAGCGACCGGGGGGAGUCACGGGGGGAGUCGGUGCGCGUCAGCGGGACGUCCAAGUCGCGCGCGCCGCGGGACGCGUCGCCGCCGUCGUCCCCGAACGACAGGCCGCGCGGGCGCUCGAGCGAGCGCGCGUCCGUGCGCGAGCGCAAUCGCGGGCGCUCGCUGCGCGCGCCCAAGGCGGCAGCAUCGCACGUGUCGUGCCUGUCCUUUCUGUCCGACUCGGCGUCGGAGUCGGACGGCGACGGCGCGGGCGGACACCACCGCGUGUGGGACGAGGCGCGGAUGGACCUGGGGGACCUGGAAUCGUACCGCGGGGCCCUCGCCGUGCGCACGCGUGGGCAGGAGGCGCAGAUGGUCACCGUAGACGCGACGCACACCUUCAUCAUGGCGGACCCGAAGGUCCACGAGCUGGUUCUGGCCUUUUUGAAGCGCGGGACCUUCUCGCACGUGCACCCGGAGGUCGUCCCGCGUAAGAGCCACGACAGCGACGUGUUUUUCUCGGCAGCGUCGGCGCCGCGGCGGUCGGUCGAGCUGCGCGCGGUGGGGGGCGCGGAGGACAGCUGGGAGCCGCGCGGGCUCGAGAAGGUCACGACGAUCGCGAAGGCGAAGCUCGGGGAGCUGCGGGAGCGGCGCGAGGCUCGGGUGGCGCGGCGCGGGCACAAAAAGGCGCGCCGGAAGACGCAGAAGAGCCUGCGGUCGCGGAGGUUCUUCGACGCGAUCGAGGAGGGGGUCUCCGACAGCGACAACGCGCGCGCGGGGGGCGCGAGCUUCUCGGAACGCCGCAGGGAGUCAGUUGGCGCGGGCGUCUCGCCGCUGGCCCCGCAGGCGACAAUCAAGAAGAAGCCAGCGCGGCCGCCAUGGACGCUGAUUGGCGCAGUGUCGCGGCUGCGUGCCUACGUGCCGUCGUUCCGGCUCGUGCCGUCGCGCAGCCAGGCCGCGCUGCCUUCGGCGCCCUCGACGCAGCGCAACGGCACCGUGGCGUCCUCGUCCGCGCGCGCACCGGCGGCGCACAGCAGAUCGCUGCUCGCGCGCCUGCGGUACGGCCUGGCGGACGCCAACCGCAAGAGCGACCGCGAGCGGGAGCCCGGGAGCACGCAGAAGCCGUUCCUGCGGAAGUCGCUGCGCGAGAGGUUCCGGCGCAGCCAGACCGGCGUGGCCAGUCAGACGGAAGGGGGGAGUCGGGCCGAGGUCGGACAAUGCGACGCCGACACCCCCAGCGGUGCGAAAAGGGCGUCGGACGGCUCCGGCGGCGCGCAGGAGGGCCCGCGCGGGCCCGCGGAGCAGCCCCGGCGAGCGACGGGAAGCGAGAGCGAGCUGCGCGCUAGCAGCGGCACCAGCGACGGCUGCAGCGCCAGCAUCGUGACGGAGUCGCCGGACGAGCGGUCGGGGGACAGCAGCAGCGAUAGCGACGGCGCGGCGCGCGCCGACGUGCGGCUGCGGGACACGGCGCGGCGGAAAAGUGCCCUGGAGGUGGCGGGGGUGUCGACGCCGCCGCCGGGCGGCGGCGAUGGGUCGCAGCGCGGGGCAAGGGGCGCGUCGCUGCACGAGGGCUCCGCGGGGCGCGAGCGGGCGGCGGAGGACCGAGGAGGGGGGGUAUUGGUGUCGAUGUGGCAACGGGUGCAGUCCCUGGUGUCAGACACAGAAGGUGGCAACUGA